AUGACGCCGGUCACCCAGUCCCCUUUCUUCCUCCUGCUGUUACUCCCAGUGCUUACAGUCAGCAAUGUCGUCUCUGCCACAGCCACCAGCCCUGCCUCAGGCUCAACUAUCACUCCAGUUCAACAUGGCACCCCAACUGGCAACAGUACUGUAUCUUCGGUUCCUAGCCACCAGUCUGAUAUUCCCAUCAUCCCUACUGGCCACAGUUCCAGAACUUUUGCCGGUAGCACUACUUCUAGCAUAGUUUCUACUACCUCCUUCAAUCCUAGCACUUCUUCCCAAUUGUCUCUUAGGGUCUCCUUGUUUUUCCUCUCUUUCGACAUUUUGAAUCUUCAGUUUAACUCCUCCCUGGAAGACCCCAGCACCAACUACUACCAAGAACUGCAGAGAAACAUUUCUAAUUUGUUUUCACAGAUCUAUGAAGGAGCAGAUUAUCUGGGCUUCUCUAUUAUCAAGUUCAGGCCAGGAUCUGUGGUGGUAGAAUCAGCUCUCGCCUUCCAAGCGGGUACCACCAACGCCAGCGACGUGGAGUAUCGGUUUGUUCAGUAUUCAGCAAACCCAGACAGAAAUAACCUGCGCAUUUCAGGAGUCCGUGUGUCCGAUGCGCCUUUUUCUUCCUCUGCCCCAUCUGGGUCUGGGGUACCAGGCUGGGGCAUUGCCCUGCUGGUGCUGGUCUGUGUCCUGGUGGCGCUGGCCGUCAUCUAUCUCGUUGCCCUGGCUGUGCAUCAGUGCCGCCGAAAGAACCAUGGACAGCUGGAUGUCUUUCCAACCCGUGACGCCUACCACCCUAUGAGCGAGUACCCCACCUACCACACACAUGGGCGCUAUGUGCCUCCUGGCAGUACCAGACCUGAGGAGGAGGUAUCUGCGGGCAACGGUGGCGGCAGCGUCUUCUUCAGGAACGAAGCAGCCAGUUCUGCCGACUUAUAG